AUGACCUGUGUUCUUUCCGGAAAGCCUGUGUUUAAGACACAGAUCCAGAACUCGUUUGUGCCUGCCUCGCGUCUAGUUGACUCGGACCUGAACCCAAACGCUUUGAACGCAAAGUAUGCUGUUAGAGGCAGAAUCCCGAUCAGAGCCGAGGAACUGAGGGCCCAAUUGGCCCAGGACCCGUCGUCUGUGCCCUUUGACAAAAUCAUCAAUGCCAAUAUUGGUAACCCUCAGCAGUUGGACCAAAAACCCCUCACUUUCUACAGACAGGUUCUGAGUUUGUUGGAGUAUCCAGAACUGAUGGACAACAAAGCCGUUGUUGACACUUUCCCGAAGGAUCUUGUCGAGAGAGCCAAGAAGAUGCUCGAAAGCAUUGGCUCCGUCGGUGCUUAUUCCCAUUCCCAAGGUGUUCCUUAUCUUAGAGAGAGUGUUGCAAACUUCAUCUCCAAAAGAGACGGCUACAAAAGCAGCCCUGACGAUAUCUUCUUGACGGCCGGUGCGUCCAGCGCCGUCUCGUACUUGCUGAACCUGCUGUCGCUGGGUCCUCAGACCGGUUUUUUGAUCCCGAUCCCGCAGUACCCUCUGUACACUGCGUCGCUGGCUCUGAACAACUCCACUGCUCUACCUUACUUCCUCAACGAGUCGGACGACUGGUCGAUCGACGCAUCGAGUAUCGCCAAGAUCGUUCAGGACGCCAAAGCCCAGGGAGUCGAGGCCCGCUGUUUGGUGCUGAUCAACCCGGGAAACCCAACCGGUGCCAUCUUGAAGCCAGAAACCAUUGCCGACCUGCUGGCCGUCGCCGCAGAACACGGCCUCGUGGUCAUUGCAGACGAGGUGUACCAGGAAAACGUGUUCAAGGGCGAGUUUGUGUCUGUCAAGAAGGUGUUGAGCCAGCUUAAGGAACUCGACCGAUCCGGUAAGUUCGAUAAGGUCCAGCUCGCCUCGUUGCACUCCACUUCGAAGGGUGUUUCCGGUGAGUGUGGCCAAAGAGGUGGCUACAUGGAGCUGGUUGGGUUCGAGGAGUCUGUGCGUGCACAGCUGCUGAAACUGGCUUCCAUCUCGUUGUGUCCGCCUGUUGCUGGCCAAGCCUUGGUGGAGCUCAUGAUCAACCCUCCAACCGAAGGCCAGGAGUCCUACGAACUGUACAAGAAAGAAACUCAGGCUAUUUCCGACGCUCUUAGAGAGAGAUCGUCCAAGCUGUACGAGGCCUUCAACACCAUGGAGGGUGUCUCGUGCCAGCAGCCAGAGGGUGCCAUGUACUUGUUCCCAAGCCUGACUUUGAGUGAAAAAGUGUACGCUGAGGCUGCCAAGCUCGGCAUGGAGCCAGACGAAUACUACUGCGCCCAACUGCUGGAAAACACCGGUAUCUGUACCGUUCCAGGCUCUGGUUUCGGCCAGGUCGAAGGCACCUGGCACAUCAGAACCACGUUCCUUGCUCCAGGAACCGCCUGGAUCGAGGACUGGAAGACCUUCCACGAGAAGUUUGUCAAACAACACAAAUAG